AUGCUGGAUCGUGGUAACCCAACUGCUCUAUCAUUGGUCUUUGGAUGCCUGGCCUGUCUUGUGGUGACCUCUGUUGUAAAUGCAGACGGUCGAGUGUUUGUGUUGGACCGGAGGAACUCCUCCGACCUGCAGGGCUUCAGAGACGCUGAGCGCGCUUGUGCCUCACAACAUGCCCGCUUGGCAUCAGCAGAGGAGCUCCGUCAUGCUGUGGUGGAGUGCUUCUUCUCCUCAUGCACCCGUGGAUGGCUCUAUGGAGGCACAGUGGGAACCACGGUGUGUAAUAGUGCGGGCAGUGCACUGAAAGCAGUGGAUGUGAGAGCAGAAAAUACUACAGAGGACACUGCACACCUGGAUGCCUUCUGUAUCAAAGACAAAGGUGUGCCGUGUGGAGACCCUCCAUCCUUUCCCAAUGCCCGUCUGCAGGGUCACACUGGGUUUGAGAUGGGUGAUGAGUUGCUGUACACCUGUGUGCCAGGUUAUUUGAUGCCCAGUGGCCACAGUGCCUUCAGCCUGCUGUGCGACAGCUGUGGAGAGUGGUAUGGACUGGUGCAGAUUUGUGUCAAAGAUGAGACUGAAAGUCAUGUUGACUACGAGGACAAGUUCACAGAUUCCUACGGAGAGGAAGAGCAUCCCAGUGAGAUACCACAGGAGGCUCAUGGCGAAGUGUACGAGGAGGUGCAUGGAGCUGCAGGAGCUGAGCUGAGUCAGGAGCAGCAAGAGACAAGCUUUGGUGUUGAAGUAGAGGAGGAGCAUCAAGACCAGCAUGGAGAAGGAGGAGGAAAGGUGAUUGGUAGAAAAUUUGAAGGUGCUAUAGAAGGAGGUGAAAAAGACGAAGAAAGGGCUAUUGAAGACUUUGUAGGCCAUCCGAGGUGGGAGCAGGAGAGGAGAGAGGUGGUUAGGAUAGAUGCAGCUCCAGCCACAGAAGCAUCUGUCUCUCUUCUCUCCCAGAAACACAUGUUCUGGUUCCCUUCUGAGGCCUUUCAGGAGGAGGGACAUCCUGUCUCCACCAAUCCCAUCACACAGACUACACAGAGAGCCUCAGGCGCUCAAUCAGAGGAGAGCAGAGAACAUGAGAGCCAAGAGAGGCACCACCACCCACAUACUAGUGAUGCUGACGACCAUGAUGAUGACCACGAGCGAGAAAGCUACGAUGAUCAUGAUACAGAUGCCCGAGAUGAUCAUGACGACAGCCACCAUGACGAUGAAGAUGAUCACGAUGAUCAUGUGACACAUUACAUUCCAGCUCAGCGUGAUGAUCUUGAUCGACGGGACCGCCACGAAAAACACGGCGACGAUCAUGAUGACCAUUAUGACAUGGGUGAACAUGAAGAUGAUCGGGUUCGCUACGGCAGCCAAGAGUACGAUGAUCGAGAUGAUACUUACGACGAACACGAGAGCUAUGAGGAUCAUGAGGACGUGACUGACGAUCAUGAUGAUCGAGAGCAUCUUGAAGCCUCUAAGGAACAUCCAGACCCUGACGACCAUGUUGAUGGUGAGGACCAUUAUGACAUGGAAGAGGAUGGCAACGACCGCUACACCGAUCACGAUGAUCAUGACCCUGAUGACCAUGACAGCUAUGAUGAUCACGAUAGCCAUGAAGAUGACGGCAAUGGUCAUCAGCAUGUAAUCUUUUCUAUAGCAACAGAAGAGCGUAAGAACGGCACUCAGAAGGGAGCAGGAGGAAAGACCACCACAGAUCAAACCUGGCUAGACGGAUACCCUGUCGUUCCAGAGGAGACAGAGAAGAGUGACUCCACAACAGAAAGGGUGGGACCAGAAGAUAGAGAGAGGGGGACACUUGCCAGGACAACAGACAGACCCAAUGAGGUGGAAAUUCGUAGACCUGUCCCUUACACCAGCUCGCCAGAGGAGCAUGAGUCUCCCACCAUGGAACCUGAACAAGAGGGAGUGGAGGAGGUGUGGCCUGGAUUCAUUUCCACAGCUGCUCCUUCCCCUGAUCAUUUAGAGCCCUCAGACUCCCCCUCAUACUCUGACACCCUUGACUACAACACACAACAAGCAGAUCCCACUCGCUCCUGGCAGGGUGACCUCACUAAGCACCCCUUCCUCGAUUACAGCCCAGCUCCUCCAGUGCAUGACGGCGACAUCCUCACCGGAGUGAUGGAGGAGCACACUGUGCACAACCUGCCUGGUGAGACUGGUGAGAGGGCGGAGAUAGAAGGGGAGAUCGGGGAGACGAUCUGUACAGGUGAUGACUGCCCUCCACGUCCUCCAAGCUCCUCCGGCCACGGUCCCACGGUAGCUGCCAUAAUCGUGGCGGUGUGUGUGGUUGCUGCGGCGGUCAUCAUCGGGGUGUGGUGUUACCGACGGCAGCAGCAGAAGAGCUCAGUGUACGAGAUGAAUGGGAAAGGCCAAAGUCAGACCAGACAGGGCCAACAGAUAGAGAUGCAGCAAAAAGUGUAAGAGCAAGAGAUGAGGAAAGAAGGACACUGACGGAGGGCAGAGACAUUCAGGAGUGAUGGGACGAUUCAGAUGAAUAUGAGAGGAGAGCACAACCCUUCAUCUUACUAGAAACUCCUGCAUCAUUGAAGAUUUUGGAUAGGUAUGAACAGAUGAGUUGUGCUACAGCUCUGUAUUAAACAGAAAAAAUCUUACCUGUGGGAUG